AUGGACCUCCCUAAUGAGCUCAUCAGAGCAAUCUGUUUUGAUGAUGGCCUUAAGGGAAAAGAUCUCAAGUCACUGCGUCUCGUAAACAAGCACAUAUCUGACUUUGCGUCAGACUCAUUCGCAGAGUUCUAUCUGGAGUCCUUUACUGUCGUCAUGACACGCUCGUCUAUACAAGCAUUCAUCGAUAUAUCAAGACACCCCCGCUUCAGUCGCUAUGUACAUACGGUCAAUAUCUCGCCUGUCUACGCUUUUUCAGAGGGUCUCGCAGCGUUGGUACGGAACCUGACCCCAGUUCUGAUGGAAACAGACCAGAAAAAGGAAAAGUGUGAGCCCGGCCCCAAGGAGGUUUGCUUCUACACAAACAGGUAUUUUGCAGAGAAAAGAUUAAGCGACCGUGACGCUAAGUGGAUGCUUGGUGCAGCCUUUGCCGUGCUCGCAAAGCGAGAUCAGCAUCUUGGGGUUGCCUUCGACGUUGGUGAGUCCAAUCCUGUUGGUGCCAAGGGGUAUCUAUACCACAGAUAUUCCAAUGAAUUCGGUAACGAUGAUAGGAUCUGGGCACUCUCAUGGAAAGAGACAAUUCAUACAACGAUCAAAGCGAUUCAUCAGCAAGGAUGCAACAUAAAUGGACUUUCGAUCGAAGGCGUUCAACUGGGAAGCUAUCGUUGGGAAUCAACUCUUUGCCCCGAUGAGAUCGAAGCCGAACUAGCAACUGUAGGCCGUCAGCUCGAAUCUAUCACUAUCAACUUCGACUUUGGUGAUAUCAAGGCUACCUUGUUUUGCGCCAGGCGCAUAUUGUCGGCAGCAACCAAUCUGAAACAUAUUAAUCUUGGCGCCGUGAGCGACGACUUUCAUAGCCUCACUAAAUAUCAGGUCCUUGAUUGCAUACCAUCACCAUCCAUCGAAAGCGUCAGUCUUUUGGCAUUUGCGAUCAACCAACUAGACCUGAUGCGAUUCCUUGCCAAGCAUCAAGCAGCGAUACGAGGGAUCACUCUGAGGAACUGCCGGUUACAGGGAAGCUGGGAGUCAUUGGCUGUUUGGGUCAGAGAUCACCUGCCUAAGCUUGAUCACCUUGAGAUGGAUGGUGUCUGGGAUCGCCUCGACGACGUUGCCGGAUGGGUUCAGAGAGGCCCGCUCAUCAAGAUCGUGCCCGGUGAGGAUAUGAAAGCCAGGAUCAACGAGAUACUCAAGGAUGGAAGGCAGAAGGAGAUCAAGGAGGCCGAGGCCAACAAGGACGCUGGAGCACGUGAAGAGGUUCGCUGUUGCUCGCGUGCAUCUUAA